AUGUCUACUCAUGGCACAAAUUCUUCUCAUGUGAUGCCAUUUAUUAAUGACACAAAUUCUUCUGAUGUGAGGACAGCUAGUAAUGACAUAAAUUCUUUUUCAAACAUUGCUUUAGCAUUUUUAAUGAGCUUACUAGCUUUUGCUAUAAUGCUAGGAAAUGCUGUGGUCAUUUUAGCUUUUGUGGUGGACAAAAAUCUUAGACAUCGAAGUAAUUACUUUUUCCUUAACUUGGCCAUUUCGGACUUCUUUGUUGGUGUGAUCUCCAUUCCUUUAUUCAUCCCUCACAAGCUCUUCAACUGGAAGUUUGAAAAUAACAUUUGUGUCUUUUGGCUCACUACUGACUAUCUUUUGUGUACAGCAUCUGUGUAUAACAUCGUACUCAUCAGCUUUGAUCGAUACCAGUCAGUCUCAAAUGCUGUGUCUUACAGAGCUCAACAUACUGGGACCUUGAAGACUGUGACUCUGAUGGUGGCCGUCUGGGUGGUGGCCUUCUUAGUGCAUGGGCCAAUACUAGUUUCAGAGGCUAGGAAGGAAUUGGGGACGGAUUGCAAACCUGAAUUCCUUGAAAAAUGGCAUAUCCUUGCCCUCACGUUACUCUUCGAAUUCGUGAUCCCAGUCUUGCUAGUGGCUUAUUUCAACAUGUAUAUUUACUGGAGCCUAUGGAAGCGCAGUCAUCUCAGUAGGGGGCAUUCUGGAUUCAUUUCUGCCCCUUCCAGUAGCAGUGGAUGCUCAUUCAGGAAUGGACUGUUUUCGAGGCCAUCUCUUUCCAACCUGGAGGAAUCAGCAGCAUCCCUUCGUUCUGAGAAAUCAGGAAGAAAGAGCAGCCUCUUGUCUUCCUUAAGAUCCCAGAUGAAUAGUUUAACUGCUUCCAAAACGAGCUCUCUCUCCCAUUCAGAUUCCCUAGCUCUUCACCAAAGGGAACAUCUUGAGUUGCGCAGAGGCAAGAAACUAGCCAAGUCACUGGCCAUUCUCUUGGGUGUUUUUGCUGUUUGCUGGGCUCCCUACUCUCUGUUCACAAUUAUUCGUUCAUGUCAUAGCACACACUCAGAUCUCUCAAACGCUGUGUACGAGUUCACAUUUUGGCUUCAGUGGUUCAAUUCCUUUGUCAAUCCUUUUUUGUAUCCCUUGUGUCACAAGAGUUUUCAGAAGGCCUUCUUGAAAUUAUUUCGUGUGAAAAAGCAGUCCAUACUAUCACAUAAUCGGUCAACAUCUUCUUAA